CGAGCGACAUCCCGUGCACGCUCACACGCGAACUUCCGCCGCGCGCAUUCCCAAACAUGACUGCGGUUCGCUCCGUCUGAAUUCGGCUACUUACCACCAAGCCCGCGUAGCCCCCGAGCCCAAUGCCUUGAAGCUAGGGAGAAGCAUGGCCUCGCAGCCGCCGCCGUCGCCUGGGCCGGCGAGGGGUCCUUGUUUUCCCGGCUCGAAGGAAGAGGGCUACGGUUACGAACAGUGGGUCUCCAUUGGCGACACCCACGAGGAGCAGUUCUGGGGUGACGAAUUCCUCAACCCCAAGAGGAACCUGCGCUUUGAGCGCGACAUCCGUGCCCAGGAGUAUCCAAGACGAAGAACGCGAAGUCAACAAAUAAAGGGCAUUGAAGGACGGCACUCUGUCCAAGCCUCAACAUGUACGGAGACAUGUAUGGUUCGCUCUCGACGUCAGGCGGCAGAAUUUGACCGUACUUACAAUCAUCCAGAAUGGAUCACACAGAGUUCACACAGGAUCACAGAAAGUAGUGUACAGCCUGUCGCCACCCAGUGUCCUGCAUCCCAGUUUCCUGGCUUGGGUGAUCGAAUGGAGGUUGCUGUCCAACGACCUGGGCUUAGUGGGUUAACUUCAACCUGCACUGCCCUGGAAUCGAUCACUGGGACGUUGCAAGACACAAUUGCGAAGACUCGUCAGUUGUCCAUCGGAGAUACGUUGCGGCUGGUACCUGCUGGAAACGGGGACGUCGUUACCGCGUACGUGGUUGAUAUAAUCGAAGAGGCAGCGGAGUUUGACGAUGAUCGGAAAAAGAAGAAGAGGAAGAAGAAGAAAAAGAAGAAGAAGAAGAAAAAGAAGAAGAAAAAGAAGAAGAAGAAGAAGAAGAAGAAGAAGAAGAAGAAGAAGAAGAAGAAGAAGUCGAAGAAGAAGUCAAAAAAGAAAAAGAAGUCUAAGAAGAAAAAGAAGAAAACGAAAUCUAAGAAGAAAGGUGAAGCAACAGUAGGAAAAGAUAGCAGUCCCGCAACUGCUACACCGUCUUCAGGAAGCAUGGCGAGCACUACCACUACAACCAGCGUGACAAAGCCAACAGAAAAAAUCGGAGACGUGAAGUCCGAUACAAAGACUGCUCCGGCAAAGCGAGAAUUGAAAGUGCUGAUCUCGAGGCCAUCGGUGUCCAAUAUUGCUCCUGCCCCGAUGCCCCCCGCAGCUUGGGCACGGACAUCGAUAAUGAGAUUGGCACCCGCCAUUUCCCAGACCUCGCAGUGUACCAACUGCGGUAACAUCGUUCCUAUGCCGCCUGCUAUUGGUCAGCCGCCUGCCAUGACGUUCUCCUCUCCUCAACAGCCCGGAUCACAACCAUCGUGGUCGUCCAGGUGGGAAAGUCGUGGGCGCUCUCCUCUCCAGUCUCCGCUACGACUGGUCGAAGACGAGUGGCCAUCACCGGAAGUGUUGCCAGAGCCUAGGCGCCGACGGUCUCGUACCAGUUCCCGCAGGCGCCGGCGAUCUAGAUCGUCCAGGCGACGUUCCAGAUCACGUUCAUCAAAGCGACGCCGCAGAAGGUCACGGUCCUACAGUUCGAGCAGCUCUGAAUAUUCAUCUUCGGAUGAUUUUUCACGCCGACGUAGACCGUACGAUGCUGAUCCACCUCCACCGCCUCCAAUCGACCCCUUAGAAAGAUACUACACGGAACCUGAGAUUAUUGGAAGACCAGGCAGACCGAUGUAUGCCAGUCCAUUACCUGGUCUUUGGAAACGCGCAGGAUCUUAUCCAUUUCGGAAAGCACGUUCCUACGACAUAAGCCCUCCCAGUUUCCCGUGCUACAGAGAAGGAACUGGUGCUCGCACCGCGUCUCAAGUGCAAAUGCCCGCCGUCGUCGAAUCUGAAAUUACGCUUGUACCUCAGAAUUUACUUCAAGACACAGCUGUUCAGCCAGUGCCCCCACCCACUGGAGCCUCAGUGCAGUGUAUCAUGCGAAAUUCUUUGCCCCAAGCAGCGCAGCUACAAGUUAUACAGCCACAACCACCCCAAAUUCCUUCAAUGACACUAGGGACUCUGACCGCUACUGCUCUCCCCGUGGUACAGCCAUCUCCCAUAGCUCUUGCACAACUGUCAAUGCCUGCGACAACCAUAUAUUCGCAGCCACUCCCCGUAACACCGUAUGUGUCUUCCGCACCCCUACUCGGUAGCGCGGCGUGGAAUCCAAGCUUGCAUCCCAAUACGACGUCAAGUGCCACAUUUUCCACGGAUGACACGUGUGUCAAGGUGUCCGUGGACACUCAGCCGUCUUCUUCAAGUUACAUGUCUUCAGGUCCUAGACCCAUGGGCCUGUACACAAAACAGUCCGGUGACCCCUGGUGGUCACCCUAUGGGUACAUGAAGAAAAUGAACCAACAGGGAAGCGCUGCAGUUACCUUCAUCUUCCUUGUUGGCAUUGUAGCAUGCGUUGUAGCUAUCCUCACUCGCUUCGGAGGCGUGCGGCCCCACAUCCUACGGGAGUCGGUCGGUAGGGUGGAUGAGGACUCUCGCGUCAUGCACGGUCCGUGGACCAACCAAACGGGCGGCGGAACUCUUAUGGAGCCUUACGCACUCUGUCGGACGUUGGAAUGCCGAAGAGAAGGCUUGUUCCUGAAAAGCCUUGUCGACAACGCGGGAGCUUGCACGAACUUCUACGAUUAUGUGUGUGCGCGCCCCUGGAAGAAGGUUCAUAACGAAGGAUUGUCGUCCGCUGACCUUAUGGUGAGGGACGUUGAGUCGUCCAUUAUUAGCUUCAUCAAGGCCGGUAACCCAAAAGACGGGAUAGCAGAAGGAGCCAGAGGCUUAUGGAAAGGGUGCAUGGAUGUUGACACCAUCAGGAAGCUCGGCAAGAAGCCGUUUACCGAAGUUCUCAAGAAAGUUGGGUUGGAUGGAUGGCCAUACGGGCUUGCUGCUAAUGUCACAGGGAAAGACGUUUGGAAUGUGUCUGGGGCUUUGGUGCGUCUGUUAAGUCUGAGCACUUUUCUAACUUUCGUCGCCGAACCGAUCACCACCAACAACGCGGCUCUGGUAACUGUUCGGGAACAGACCCUGCAGACAUCUACUGCCUAUUUCCACGACAAUGGCACAAUCGGGGAGUUAUUUAAAAGAAUCAGAAGUAGACUAAGUUUUCUGGGUCCACACAACGAAAUGGAUGAAAUUGUCAGUGACAUCGUGGCAUUUCUAAGAAGUAUUUCCAAACCGAGAGACUUUGAAGGUGACAAAGUAGCUGUCGACAAUCCAACUGACUUUCAAACUUUCGUAUCAUCCGCUUUAUCGGGCAUUUUAGAUCUCAGUAAUGGCACGAUCAUCAACAUCCGCCACGGGGGAGCUGUGCAGGAGUUAUACCAGAGGAUACAGUCGACGCCACCCAGAGCGGUACUUAAUUACCUGGGCUACGCUGUAGUGGACAAUCUCUGGCUGUUCUCCCCGCAAGGACAUUUAUCACCGGAACAGAUAAAAGCUAGAGAGCACGACUGCAUUCGUAUGGUUGAGCGGGCAUUGCCGACACAGGUCCACUACCUAGGCUACGUGUCCAUGAAGCAUCACCUGGAUAUUGUUUUUUUCACUGAUUUAGCCCACAAUAUAAAGCACCAGGUCAUCAACUCCAUACGAAAUCUGUCCUGGAUGGAUACCAACACAAAAGCUCGCGCCGUGGAACGAUUGUCAAGCACACGGGUCAAACCCUUCUUUCCGCAAUGGAUUUUACACAACCACACGCAUACAGAAGCAUCUCGUCCAAGCUCCACUCCACUGGAAGCUCUUGUCUCUUAUCAAUCAAUAAUGCAAAGCGCCUUCGAAGAAUCCGUUAAAGCUCGAGUCAUCAAGGAGGACGACCUCUGGAUGGGAUCAGUGUUUGACCAGGACUGCACAUAUGACGAAGAACGCAACGUGCUUUUCCUACCACUGUCUAUGGCGAACACAACAAAGGGCGUGACGAAACUCUUCCUCUAUUUCCACAUACCACAUGUAGGAGUACAACUUGCAAGAUGCCUUCUUGACGCCGUAGGCUCUCCGAAAUACGCCAGUGUUUGGCCACAGCCCACUGCUCAAAAAUUCGCGAAUGUCCGCAAGUGCUUUGAAGGGUCUCACCCUUCUGGCACCGUCCCAGUCCAGGACCCCAGGAAAGGGCCGUCCAUUACUGCUGGUGACAUCUUCGAGCACGCCGCAAUCAUUCAAGCCCAUAAUGUUUUCACGCGCGGUAUACGUAAGCUUAGCAAGGACUUUCAAGACUAUCGAUUAGAGAAUGCCAAAGACUUGUCCGCUGAACAACUGUUCUACAUCUACUACACCAGUGGAAGGUGUUAUCGAUAUGGUGCUAAGUACGAAACAUCCCGGCAUGAAAAUUCGCAGCUGGUGAACCUAGUUCUGUCGCACGACAGCUUAUUCCACAAAGCGUUCAACUGCCGUCAGAAUGAGACCAUGAACCCGACGAAGCAAUGCCACUUCUGGACGCGGUAACACUGGCAGUAAAAGUACUUAGUCUAGUGCCAAAGGUGUCCCUAUGCAGCGGCAGUGGAAUUCUUAUUGGUCAGCGCCAUUGAGAGUAACGUUCACACACUGUACACACACAUUAGCGCAAUAACGCAACGGAAUGAGAAUAAACCCCUAAGAUGUUCA